UCCGAACAAGGUGCAUGCAUCAGCAUUGUCCCUCCCUCAACUCUGAGGACAAGAAAGCGAACUGCAGCUACAGACGACAGUCACACAAUAUCCAUCUCGAGUCUGGCCGUGCAGACUGCCUCAGGGAGAGAGAACGGUGUUCUUAGGAACGAAUGCGUGGGAGUUGCUCACUUCACUCGCCUCCUUUUCCUAGUGGACGAUAGAAGGCGCAUUGGGAGCCCCUUUCCGACCGAGGGAUAGCGAGCUGGCGGAGAGAGGAACCAGUGCGUCGUCCGUAGACAGAAGAACAGGGCAGUUCCUCCGGACUAUCCAUUUCUAUUAAGUCACAGGCGGUAUCGGAAUCUUGGGGAACCGUGUUUUUUAAAAAUCGUGUCUUUCAAAGCAAUGGACUCGAGAUAGUGGGUCUCAAUUUGCCUUUUUCUUGACAGGGAGUUGCCGUUGGGAGAUAUGCGUAAGGAUGUUUGGAAACAGCAGUAGUAGGUAACCGAUAGGAUGGGGGCCAGGGAAGCGAGUGGGCACAGCUACCUGGUGGCUUGCUGGCAGCCCAUUCUGAUUCUGAUGCUGGGCACCGUACUGUCCGGUUCCACCACAGGCUGCCCGUCCCGCUGCGAGUGCAAUGCCCAGGAGCGCUCGGUCAUAUGCCACCGCAAGAAGCUUAUGUCCGUCCCUGAGGGCAUCCCCACAGAAACGCGGCUACUGGACCUCAGCAAGAACCGCAUCAAGACCAUCAACAUGGACGAGUUCGCAGCCUACCCCAACCUGGAGGAGCUGGAGCUCAACGAAAACACUAUCUCGGCCAUCGAGCCCGGCGCCUUCAACAACCUGUACGGCCUCCGGACAUUGGGGCUGCGCAGCAACAAGCUCAAACUCAUCCAGCUGGGUGUGUUCACGGGCCUCAGCAACCUCACCCAGUUGGACAUCAGUGAGAACAAGAUAGUCAUCCUGCUGGACUAUAUGUUCCAAGACCUGUACAACCUGCGCUCCAUGGAGGUGGGCGACAAUGACUUGGUGUUCAUCUCCCACCGGGCCUUCCAUGGUCUCAGCAGCCUGGAGCAGCUGACUUUGGAGAAGUGCAACCUGACCUCGGUGCCCACCGAGGCCUUCACCCACCUCCACAGUUUGAUCUUUCUCAGGCUGCGCCACCUCAACAUCUACGUUAUUAAGGAUUACUCCUUCAAAAGACUGUACCGGCUGAAAGUGCUGGAGAUAGCCAACUGGCCCUACCUGGACACCAUGACCUCCAAUUGCCUCUAUGGACUGAACCUCACCUCGCUGACCAUCACCAAUGGCAACCUGACCUCUAUCCCAUACGUGGCUCUCCGGCACUUGGUCUACCUACGGUUUCUGAAUCUGUCCUAUAACCCCAUCCACACCAUUGAGGGGAAUAAGCUCCAUGACCUUCUGAGGCUCCAGGAGUUUCACCUGGUUGGGGGCAGGCUGGCUAUGAUCGAACCCUACUCGUUCCGAGGCCUAAACUAUCUGAAGAUAUUCAAUGUGUCUGGCAAUGCCUUGAGCACCUUGGAGGAGUCUGCGUUCCACUCGGUAGGCAACCUGGAGACUCUGGCGCUUUACGAUAACCCCUUGGCAUGUGACUGCCGGCUGCUGUGGGUGUUCCGGAGACGCUGGAGGCUCAACUUCAACCGGCAGCAACCCACCUGCGCUUCACCCGAGUUCGUACAGGGAAAAGAGUUUAAAGAUUUCCCGGACGUCCUGCAGCCCAACUACUUCACGUGUCGCAAGUCCAGGAUCCGGGACCGCAAGGCGCAGCAGAAAUUUGUGGACGAGGGAACUACUGUUCAUUUUGUAUGCCAGGCGGACGGUGAUCCCGCCCCAGUCAUCAUGUGGCUCUCACCCCAGAAGCAGUUCAUCACGACCAAAACCAUCGGGCGGCUCACAGUAUUCCCCGAUGGCACCCUUGAGGUGCGCUACGCACAGAUUCAGGAUAAUGGCACGUAUGUGUGUAUAGCCAGCAACGCCGGUGGCAACGACACAUCUCUCGCCCACCUGCAUGUCCAUAGCUACUCACCAGACUGGCCUCACCAACCCAACAAGACCUUUGCCUUCAUCUCCAACCAGCCCAAUGAGAAUGGUGCCAAUGGGACGCGAACCAACGUCCCUUUCCCCUUUGACAUAAAGACCUUAAUCAUCGCCACCACCAUGGGUUUCAUAUCUUUCCUUGGUGUCGUCCUGUUUUGUCUGGUGCUACUCUUUCUGUGGAGUAGAGGUAAAGGGGCCACAAAGCACAACAUAGAGAUUGAGUAUGUGCCACGCAAGUCAGACGCUGGGAUGAGCAGCAGCAAUGCAGACGCCCCUCGCAAGUUUAACAUGAAAAUGAUUUAACGGGACCCAGGGAGCAAACAGACUCUUAACUUGAAAUUGUAAAAAAAAGAAAAAACGUCAAAUCCUCCCUUACAAAUCUGUGGAUCCUGGGAUGUAAUCAUAAAGUAAUCUGUUUUCCCUGACUUAACUGUUGGAGAUGGAGAGAGAAGAUCCUUGCUUUCGUAAUAUGUUGAGUAUAUGAGGGGGAUGAUAGCAAAGCAGACGCUCCACAGCAUUGGCAAUUUCUGCAAGGCCUUUAGGUACGUUUGUUCGAAAGCAAAUUUUGUUGUGUGCGAUUCAUAUUCUUGUGGAUUUAUAUUGGAAAGAAAUUAUAGAAAAAAAGAGAUGAACCCUUCUCUAUGUUCGUAAUAACCUGCCUUCACUGUCCCUUUGCCUGUGUUCUUAGUUUAUAGAUUUUUUACAGAAAUUGAAAUAUUUGUUUACCAAAAUGAUAAGAGUAGAUUGUAUGGGUUGAUGAGCACAUUUAAACAAUCUCUUCUGGUACUUUGUCAGUCAGAAUAUACAGUACCAGUCAAAAGUUUGGACACGCCUACUCAUUCAAGGGUCUUUCUUUAUUCUUACUAUUUUCUACAUUGUAGAAUAACAGUGAAGACAUAAACUAUUAAAUAACAUAUAUGGAAUCAUGUAGUAACCAAAAAAGUGUUAAACAAAUCAAAAUAUAUUUUAGAUUCUUCAAAGUAGCCACCCUUUGCCUUAUUGACAGCA